GUAUCUCCGAGCGUUAUCGAAGAAUAACGAACGGUGGAAAUAUAUUAUUUCGCCGCUGAUCGCGAUGUUAGUGGAAAUACGCUUCUCAUUUUCGUCGAUAAUGUUACAAAACGCGGGGUUUUAAGAUUAUGUAACAGUCGCUGUAAGACCCAUGCUGUAACCUAAAGAGAGAUGUGAUUUAAUUGUGAUAACAGAAUAAUAUAUUUAAUACACGCGGGAAAAGGCGGGUGCUUUAUUUUAAAUUGAUACUUCUUCAUUUUAUUAUUUCUAAAUUUUCUAAUUUUCAAUUUACCCGCUUUGGAGCAUUUUAAAUUACAACAAUUUAAAAUAGCAUAACAAAAAAUUAGUUGAUGAAUGAGUGGAAAAGUGCGGUCUUGUUAAGAUUUUCAAUGGAAAAUUAAACGGACAAAUUAAAUGGUAAUAGUAGGCAUUUUCGAAGGAAGUGUGCUUUGAGAAAAUGGGAAAGAAGGCUAGGAAAACUAGAUGGAGGACAUUGGAAAUUACCGAUGAACAAAGCGAUAGCGAAGAAUCACACAUUACCAAUAAUUCUCCGAAAUUAUCGAAAACUUUCCAACAAAAAUCGUUUUGCAACAAACUACCAUACUCUAGUCAAUCGACCCCGCGACGAAAGUUCCAGCACGAUUCUACCAAAUCGACAAGAAGUAGCAGCACGGCAAGCGAAAACAAAAUUACAUUCAACGAAGAUGAGUACACUAGAAUCACAACUCCUCGACAAGACGUCCUGUUUAAAAAAGGUUAUUUAAGCAAACCAAAAACCUACCAAAUGCAGACGUCUACUGGUACUUCCACCACUUCCGCGAGCAACUCUACAGGAAACGGAACUCCCGAUCAUCAAUCUACAGACUUGGAAUACGAUUCGCAGUUCGUCUUCCCCAAUGGUUUCGUUGACCAUAAUGGAAUUUAUUAUGUAAAUAGUUUCGAACCGUACCCCCUGAUGUUAUAUAAUCCCCCUACGUAUUACACCGAAAUCACGAAUCCAAAAUCCAAGAGGUAUAGCAUCGGUUCGUUGACGGAAUCGACUAGUCCGAACAACGAAGAAGCAACCAGUCAAGAUUUAAGUGGUGGAGAAACAAAUAAUGUUUCUGAUUACAAUGGCCAUAACGUUUUUAACAUGGUAUACCCAGGGUAUUACUUAAAUGGAAUAUGUCCGCCUCAAGAAGUGGAGGUAGGCGAUUAUCCUACUGAACAAACUAGAAAAAUAAAGAAACGCAGACGUCGAAAGACUUCGAGGUCUCAAAACAAUACUCAAGGGAGCACCGAAUGUAGUGAUGAAGAUGAAGAAAUUAACGACGACGAAAAAUCACCCACAACCGUCCCCAUUUCAAACGCCACUGAGUGUACGAAAGCAGAAGAAAGUUGCAAAAUCAAUGAAGAUGUAAUUGAAAAAGUUGAAAAUGAGGAAAUAACAAUUUCGUCAAGUGUAACCGCUUCUACAGACGAAGUAAAAAGUAAUGCAGAAGCACAGAAAUCUUUAAAAUAUGAUUUAAAGCCUGAUGCCGAGGAAUUUGUUCCUCGAGCUUUUAGAACACCAGAAAUACCUCUCAGUCCUGUACAGUUUAUUAAAGUACCUCCCAACUUUGUUCCUAUACCGGUAGUACCAUUUAAUGGUCAAGUAAAUCCUUCAUUUAUACCUCCAGGAGGGAUACCAAUCAACUUUCUACCUCCGGAUCCAAAGAUAUUUCCAAAUUUUAUCAAUUUCGUCUCUUCUCCACCUAAAAACGAAGAAAACACUGGUAAACAGCAAGAAAAUAAAAAAGUUACUACGAAUGAACAAAAUAAAAAUGUCUGUCAUACGGUAUCUAACACUGCCAAAUGCGAUACUAACCUACAAACAGAAAAACCUGCGGAAAAAGUCAUCACAAACAGCAAAACUAUCGACAUUGCUACAGUUGUUUCUAAAUUAGAAGAAGCAGCUAAAGAACAAGAAAAUAAGGAAGAGAAUACCACUAAGAUCGAUUCCGAACAAAGUCCUAAGAAGAGACCCUUUAGAAACAAUCAAAAAUAUAAGAAUAGUUUUAAACGAAAUUUUUACAUCAGCUCAAGAAAUUCACCACAAAAUGGUGAUACGCAUGUCACAGAAUCCAAUGAAAUCAAACAUAUCCACCAAGAAGGCCAAAAUGAAUUCCAAACUGAAGAAAAGUUUAUAAAGAAUAGUCCUGAACGAUUUAGAAGAAACUGGAAGGCUCAUUCUAAUACCAAUCCCAAAUGGCAGCAAAAAAGUCCCAAACAAAAUCCAAAACAGAUGGAAGAUAUUAAAAAUCCUGCAACAACUAACAGAAUCAAUAAUUCACAAUUAGAAUCGCCAAAACUUGUACAAACAUCUCCAAAAACUAGUCAACCAAAACUUCCAGACCAAUGGAUUUCAGUAUCGAGUCGAAAGAAACGUAAAACUAAAAACCUAGAAGAAAACGAUGUGGCUUUUGAUGAUACUACACAUAUAGAAGAAGAUAAAGAUGAUCAAUUCGAAAGUUACGACGUCAAUUUACUAGUCGAUGUAAUUCCUCCAAGUAAAAUGGAAGAAGAAACAUUAACCGUUGAAAUAACUGAAGAAAAAAUAGGAGAAAUCAUUAACAACAUAGCACAAACAGAAUCUGACAAUAUUCAAAACAAUUGUCUAACGUCAGAUGUAAAAUUAGUUACAGAAAUAGAAAACGAAAUGAUUGUUAAAGAAGAUAUCGAGAAAAAAGAAGAAGUAACUACCGUUGUUUCUUCUGCUAUUAUAGAAGAAAUUGAAGUUACUGAAGAUAAUAAUAUUACGAAGAAAAAAUCGAAAAAAAAUUCUCAAAAACCAGUAACGAAAAAAGUGAUAAUUACCGAUAUAGAUUUGUCUGAUAAAUUUGAUAUACCGAAGACACCAAUAAAGAAGAUCGUUAAAAAAGUGGAUAAACAACUUCAGAAUAACGAAGUAAUUGGAGUAGAAGAGGAUCGUGAAGAAAUUGAAGCACCCAUUAAGACUGAAGUAAUUGAACAAGUGGAAGUAAAGAAAGGCAAAAAGAAAAAGAAAAAACCUUCAAAAGCAGUAAUCGCUUCCAGUUUAUCCAGUUCGACGAGUACGUUAACUGUUACUGAAGAUGCUUACGAUAUUUUAUUAGAUACUCAUUUGGCAGUCGAAACAGGCAAAACUAACGACGAAAUAUCGAUGGAACUAAAUAAAUUGAUCCAAAAAGGAAUGUACAGUAACUUGGAGGAAAAGAUGAAGUCACUUAAUAUAACUGAGGGAGAUGGUUUCUUCAAGUCGAUAUUCAGCAAGAUACCGUUAAGUGAGAAGGCGGAAGCGACUGGUUUCUUGAAAUCGCCCGAUUUUACGAAAAUCCCUCUGCUCAAAGCAGAUCCGGUAAGUGACGAACAAUCUUUAGAAAGUAAACAAACUAAUGACCAAUUAAAUGCUUCAGACUCGCCGGAGGUUUUUCUAGAACAUCCAGAUCGACGUGAAGAGGAGACCCAAGAUAUACCUGAAGAACCGAAAAGUCUCUAUCCCAUCACUGAGGCUGUGAAAGAAUGGAUGUGUCGAACGAGGGAAACAACCCCCGAUGUCGAAAUUUUCAAAAAUCCAUCGAUCAUUUAUAAAGAAUUUUGUGAUUCGAAGAACAGUGAUACUGAAAUAGUUUUAAACGUACUUUCUGACGAACAAAGUGUUAGUGUCGAAGAAGACGAUGAAGAAAUUACACUUUUUACUAGUAAAGACGCUAAUUCCAUUGACGAAAAUACCGAGGAUUUUCUGGAAUAUUGGGAGGACUUAAAAACUGACGAUCAGAUAUCGGUAAAAUCUAACGACGAUGUUAAUAAAAUAGACGACGAAGACGAAUUGGAAGUUUACGAAAGUAAAUACGGAAAAAAUGAGGAUUUCUUGAAUUUACAACAAGAAAUCAGACAAAAAUCGAAUAUUUCUAUUCCGAAACGUAACGAUUUACCUCACAGAGCGGUAUGUUGUAAUAUUAUGUAAUAAUUUUUUUAUUAUCAUUAGUUAUUGCUGUUUAAACGCUACAAAAUGAUCAACUGAAGGUACUAAGUCAAUUCAAAUGUUUGAAAUAUUGAAAAAAAAUUUCUCAUUUAUCAUUAAGAAAACGAUAAUUUUGCUACAAAAAAAUUUUUUCACAUAGUACUUCAAUUUUAACAAUAUAUCAAAGAAUUAUUGGUUUAUUAUAAACUGAAAACCUUUUAAAUAUCUAAAUCAUUAACUAAAACGACGAUAGAAAAGUUUUUUACAAUGUAUAUCAGCUCAACAGGCCUGCCUGGUUCGCGACUUCGAGAUCUUUCACUCUUUUUUCGUGCUUUUUGCCUGUUCUUCACUGCUAAUAUUCUCAAAUCUCUUCGUACCUUAUUAAACUAUUUGUUUCUCGGUCUUCCUCUUCUAUUUUUUCCACUUUCUGCCUAUCUGGCCCUCGGCUUCGAGAUCUUUCGUUCGGUUUUUUGUGUUUUUUGUUUGACCCUCACUCCCAUUGUUCUCAAAUCUUUUCUAACCCCCUUCCACCAUUUUUUCCUUGAUCUUCUCCUUCUGUAUUUUCCACUUUCUAUCUAUCUGGCACUCGGCUUCAAGUUCUUUCAAUUUUUCGUUCCUUUUUUCUGUUUUUAGCCUGUUCCUCACUCCCACUGUUCUCAAAUCUCUUCUUACUUUCUCCAACUACUUUUUCCCUAGUCUUCUUCUUUUUUUCUCACCAUUUUUACAUUUUUACCCAUUUAUUAGGCCUAUCUUGCCUUCUGAUUCGCGAUCUUUCACUCUUUUCCUUUUUUUGUAUUUGUUGCCUCCUUCUCACUCCCACUGUUCUCAAAUCUCUCCUAAAAUUCUUCGACCAUUUCUUCCUCUUCUCUUUUUUCAUCUUCUCCACCUUUCAAUAUUUGUUUUACCCAUCCAUAUUGUACCUACAUGUCCCAACCAUCUUGCUCUCUGUGCUUCAAUUAUAUGGGUUAUACUUGAGGGUUUGUCUUUUUCUGUAAACUGUAAACAUCUUUUUUUAACCCUCCACCCAAUAUAAAUACACUUGAAAAAUGUUUAUUUGUAAUAAAGGAAUUUUCACAUAACCUAAAAUUUUUACUCGUAAAAAGACAUUUUAAAAAAUUCUUCACUUUCAUCAUGUAUGGUCUUUGUAUAUUUAGAUAAUUUACUUGAGUAUACAUCUCCCAUAAUGUACAAAUCAUGGUAACACUGCAGAAAAUGUCACUUAAAAGUUACAUGUGACGUCAUUUGAUGUACGGUAUAAUUGAGGUCACUGAAAAAACUGUCAAAAAUAGCUAAACUAAGAAAAAUAUAGAAAUUUUUCAGUUUCUUUUCUGAUAGUUAAAAAAAAAUCGAAAAUAUUCAGUUAGUCUUGUUUUGUCAAAUAAAUAUUAUGCUAAUUUGGCUUUUUCGUAAAAUUCAUUUAUCGAAAUCCCCCUGAAAAUAGUACUUCCGCUUUUACCAUUAAUUGAAUAGAUUAACUUCCGUUUAAUCUAUUUCGCAGUUAUCUGCUAAUUCAGAUAAUCGAGAUUAACCGCCUUCCACUCACUAAAAUGGAGGAAUCAAAAAGAUGGUGGACCAUAAGAUGGAACCGUUUCGCGGUCUGCUUAACAUCAUGAGACUUCCCUGUUAUCGAAUGAAUAUUAUUUUUGACUUUUUUCUUAGUGUACGUCCUUAACCUCUUCAAUCAAGCCCCAAUCUCAUAAAUCCCUCAAAAUAAUUAAUUGAAUUAAUUCAUAAAUCCACUUCAAAAAGUCGAAUCAAUCCGAUUAUUAGAAGGAUUAAUAUUUUUAUUAUAAUUAUCAACCUGGCAGAUACGAAAAUGAUUUUGUAUCACAUUGUAGAUAAAAAUCACAAAUGUGCACCAAUAAUUCUGAAAUUUCUCGUAUCUUUAUGCUUAUUUCAAUACAAAAACUAUAAAUUUACCAAUUUCAUUGAUUUCCAUCGGUUAAAAAAAAACUUAAAUAAUAAUUUGUGAGUUAACAACAGAUCAGAUAAAAAUCUGUUGAAUUUCAAAUGCUAACUAACCAUGUAACUGCAGACUGGAUUAUUUCAUCACAUCACUAAAUUUAAAAAAAAAUAAUCACAUCGUUAUAUUCCAGCUGUUACUAUUUUAACUACUGAACCUUUCCAUCUCUAUUAAUUAUAAGAACUAGUGUAAAUUGGACUGAUAAUUUUAAUUAGUACCUUCAGUUUCAUCAUAUUUAAUCAUUGUAUGGCGAAAUAAACAGCAACUUUUAAUAGGUGUUUGACGAAUAGAUAUUAUACAGUACUUAACAUAAAAACUUUCGUCUAAUACCUACAUUUUUUUGUACCUUUCCAUGUGUAUAUAUCAUUUGUUGAUCAUUCACACCUUAUAUUAGAAUAAUUAUGCAAUAAUCAGGUAUCGAAACCUAUUGACCAGUUGAUAAUUUGGUUGAAAUAUAUAAACUUCAAUGUAUAUUUUAGUAUAUUGUUAAAAUAAUAUUAAUUGGAGUGCACAUAAAAAUAUAAUACACGAUUCGUUUAUACAUACAAUGUUGCAAAUUUCAAACGGUCUGUUUGAAUAUUAUGACGCCGAAUGGAUGAAAUCUUUGAAAAACAUUUAUUUAUAUAUUUACAUUGGAGUCAUAUAAAUAGUAUUUAUUAAAUUUUUACUAAGAUUUUCUUCAAAAAAUGACGAAAUUUUUGUUUAAAAUUGGAUUGAAUUGAAAUUUGCUCUAUUAUACAUUAAAAAUUGUGAUUUAUAGGACUUUUCGGAAACUAUAACCUCAGUUUAGAUAAAUAACCUUUCAGUUUCCGAACGUCACGUUCAAUUUUCGGUGGAAAUUUCAAAUUUAAAACAUGAUCUACAAGUUCUGUACGAAGUUUGCACUAAAGUAUGAAAAUCGCAAAUCUCAGUAACUUAUCAAUGACGUUGCUCGUGAGAAUUAAUAGUAGACAGCAAUUUUUAAGUUCAAACAACCAUAGACAAAUGAGACAACCCUGAUCGCAUUUACCCACCAGAACUUUUCCUCAAAGCAUAGGAUGGCUCAUUCUUUAAUCUGACGAUUUCGAUGUGACGUAAACCCGCGGCCAUUAUUAAAGUGUGCUUAAAUCGCCAUUUUGAAAUACUCAAACACGUCAGAUUAAGAUAUAUCAAGUUCACCCAAACUAUGAACGCGAUCCGCUAGUUACCGAACGUGAUUUAACACGAUCAUAGUUUCCGAAAACGUCAUUAUAUAGUACAUAAAUUUCUACCAAACAGAUGCUCAGGUAUUUGUAAAUAAUGACACCUGUCAUGGGUUAAAAAUGACAUUUUUAGAUUUUAAAAUCGAUUUUCCAAAAGAAUACACCAAGUUUUUUUCUGUAAAUUGACCCCCUUUUAUUGAUGGUUUGUUAGACUAAAUCAACAAAUUUUUUUCAAAGUAAUUUGAAAAAAUGAAAUAUAUAUAGGGUGGAUAAUAUAUCAAGUGCAAUUUUAUAUUGUCAAAUUCUGUUUUUGAUAAUGCUGGUGGUUUCUACAUUGUUAAAGUAAAUUGUCUCAUUUAAUAAAAGGUAAAAAACUUUUUCAAAGAUGUUAAAUCCUGACUAUUUGGUGGCUAAGAAAUAUCAGAUGUUACCAAAUUUCGAAAAUUAUUUGCAGGAUGCUCCAAUUCUUCAGUGGAAACUAAUAAUUUCAAUGGUUGGCAGUUUUUUUUAAAUAUUUUUUUGUUACCAAUUAUGAUCCCCAAAAUUUUAUAUCUAGUCCCUAAUUUUUUAUAUUUUGGACGACUUGAAUGUUCUUCAGUCCAUACUAUAAAAUAGUGAUUUGUAUGACCUAAAGUGGUUCUUUUUAUAUUUGGUCAUGAUUUUUUUUCUAAUCAAAAUGAACAAAAUUGAGAUUAAGUUUUGUUUUUUCACCUUUAAUUCGCGAGUUUUGUUGUGCGAAUCUUUAAAAUUAACUAUAUAAUGUAUAUACCCAUCAAAAUAUGUACCUAAUUUCACGGAUUUAACUGUAUCUAACUAGAACUAGACAAAAAUAAAAAAGUGUUUACAGACUUCUCAAUUGAAAAAUGAAUGAAAUAAAAGUUGUAAAUAAUAUAUUAUCCACCCUGUCUAGAAACCAAAAAAAAUUAAUUUAUGGCAUGAUUAGAUGAUUCCGUUAAUGGCGACAUACUGUUAUUGGUAAAAUGCUCAAAAUGUUAUUGAGUUGUUGAGAUAUAUUGAUGAAAAUGUUUUAAUAACGAAUAGGCCUAUGUCAUUUCGGAGACUGAAUGUUCUCAUAUUUCUUUAAACGGAACAGCCAAAGAAAACUUUAAACUUUAGGCUGACCUCUUGAUAUUUAAAAUCCUUAUUCUAAAAAUUAGUUGAAAUAACUCUGUUGAAAAAGUAAUUCUAAUCCAAAAUCCCAAAAAAAUCAUAUUUCAAAUAUUUAAACAGUUCAAACGUUAAAGCUGUUUUUUUGUAUGGUAGAAUUUGGGAAUAUAAAGUAUAACAAAAGCACCUUGAAAUUAUUAUUAUAACAAAAAUUGAUCUCCCUAUAAUUUCGUUGUAAUCUGCAUGCCACUGUGUUAAUAGAACUUUACUAAACUUCAAUUGCAAACAAAACAUUUUAAAUAAAAUAAUGGAGAUAUUGAUCUAGAUGAAUAUUAUGGUAAUUUUUGCAUUUUUAUAUUUAUUUAAACAAAUUUCUAUAUUAGAAAUCGUACUUAUUACUAACCUGCCUACAAAUAUUGUUACGAUUAGGCUGCUCCCUGAUCUAUUGGUAUCGUUUCGAGCAUUUACCGAAAAUGCAGAUUGGACACCGCGUAAAAAAGCUCCCUAUGAUAUCUGUAUGAAUUUAAAUAAAAUGUUUAGAACUGCUUUGAAAAUUUUAACUCUAAGUUCAGAAUAACCUCUAUUUUAACAUUAUUUAAUGUAAAAAAUGCGAAAUAAUGUUAAAUAUUCUGCAUCUACUCAAUCAAGUGAUGCAGUGUCUCGACUGAUAUGGUAUACAGGCACAGGGAGACAGUAUACCGAGAGCAAAUCGUACCUAAAACGAAUCCUACCGACCAAUCCGAAUGUUUCUAUUUGAUAACAUAGCGUCCAUAUGCAUGCGGUACAGACUAGGGAUGUUCAUACAAAAAAAGUAUCGAUAUUUUUCUCGAUAUUUUCGAUAUAUCGUAAAUGAUUGCCAGCCGUUUUAACAUGUUUUUACAUACCUUGCAUUUGUCAGUUAUCACGUUAAUUUUUUCGAAUAUUCCCAAACAAUACUUUUUUUUUGUUAGGUUGAAAAGAAUUAAUUUCCGAUAAAAAAAGAACAGUGCAAAAACCCAAAGAAAAACAGUCACAAAAAUAAUGAAAUAAAUCCAUCUAUAUUAAUCGACUAUGUCCCAUCUCUAAUACUUUUUAAAUUAAAAACAUAACGGUCAAUUCACCACAUAAUAUCAGCACAACACUAAAAUCAAGUUAUACUUCGUUUUUGAAUCUUAAACUGUAGUAAACAAAACAGAUAACAGUUGUCACAGCUUCAUGCGCGCAAAAGAUGCGCAGUACUAACUGAAGCGCUCUGAGGAGAGAGAGAACGAUACACUAUUUGUUUCACUUAGUUGGAACACCUUCCACUUAUAGUAACUGACCAUAUAGAAGUAUUACAUAUAUCAAACAUCGGAUGAAAAAUAUCGAUAAAUAUAUAUCGAUGCUAGAUGAUAUUAUGAUAUCGGAUUGAUGCGAUAUAUCGCGAACAAAUAUCGAUAUGAGACUGCCAGUUCGGUAAAUAAACUGUACUUGCUAAUGAGGGAGCAGCUUUACUCAACAACACCCUUUAUAAACAUUACGUAUUACUUUUUCACAAAAGCAAAUGUCCUGUAUUUUGUAUCUAUCAAUAAAUGGACUUUUCAACUAAUUUUUUUAAAACACUUUGAACUUUUCUAAUUAUAUGAAGUAUCGAAUAUGCGAUAUACGAUUUUGUAUAGUUAAUUGUUUUAAAUUUUGUUUUUUUUAUCGUUGAAACCGUUACUAUUAUAAUAUUUCUAAAAAGGUGGGGGUCAUCACCUUUUUAAUUAUAUAGUGAUGCCACAUCUGUAUAAUUAAGUUGGAAACGUAUGAUUUUUAUUUUAUUUUAAAAUAAUUCACUGUAGGUGCCAAGCUUAAUUAUCAUGUUUACUUGCAUUAGAAUGUGUAUUUUCCCCGAAUUUCAUAUAUACUGCCAAUUACUUUGAAUUCUAAGUUAAACUAAGUCCUAGUACUAAUUAAUACUAAAGUAUCCUUUGUGGAAGUAUUUAAUCCAAAUUGUAGUGUCGAAAAUUAUCAAAAAAAAACUAAAGCUAGUCUCGAAAUCAGUUAUAAAAUAAAUAUUUAUUAAAUUUAAUUAGCUAUAAUUUUAAUUUCGAAAACUAGAUUAUGUAAAUGAUUCUGUAGAUUAGAUAAUCAAUUAAAUAAGUAGAAAUUUAGCCUGAAAUUUUAAUAUAACUUUUUUCAAAAAAUUUUUUCUUUUGUCGAUUGGCAAUAUAUAAGAGAUUUAGCCUCGUUUUUUGAAAAAAGCUGUGUGUUUUUGAAAGACGAAUGCAUGUUCCCCAAAAAUAUAUCAAAAGUGGCUUAACGCACGUCUAUGACAAUAUAUUGUUACAAAGGGGAAAUAUAAAUUAAUUUUUAUUAAAAAUUAAGUUUAAGUGAACUGACGUUAAAGUAUGUAAGUUUCUAAAUAAUUUUAUUCGUUUUUUUUUCUCUUGUUGUUCAGAUAUGUAUAUGUAUAGAUUUUUGGUUGUUCUUAUAUCAAUUAAGUUUUGUUGAUAAAUGGUUGGUUAUUUUUUUGAGAUUUGUGCCUUUGCGAUAUUUGUAAAAUAAAUAAAAAUUCACCAGAACUGUAGUUUGACCAUUCAAAA